AUGCAACUCCGCGAGAAAUGUGCCGUGCUGCAACAACAUACUCCUGGCGGCACAGCGCAUAUCCCGCUCCUUUCCGUGGACCACGGACUUCAUGGAGACGCGUACAACGAUUCAACUCCAACGCUUCUCGACCGAUCAAGCUCGCUCCUGUACAGCGUUGAUGCCUGCUCAGACUUCAUUUCUUCGAAGUCAAGGCUCUUGGUAUAUAACGGACCGUCCCCUUCGCUUUUCGGAAUACCCAGCAUCGCUUCUCCCUUCCUGUUCUCGACCUAG